AUGAGCGUGAGGCACUGCUGGGACGGCCUGGAGCUUGCGGGCCGCCAAGGCUGGAUCCGCCUCGGCGCGUGGGAGGGGGCCACCCCGGGAGGUGCUGGCCUCGAGGCCCAGCUGGUGGACCUGGGCGUCAGCCAGUAUCGGCGCCUGGCGCUGGAGUACGACGCGAGCUGGCUGGUCCCGGCCGCGAUCCUGGUGAUGGCGGACCCGAUGACCGUCAUCUCAGACCCGAACCCGUCGACUUGCUCGAGCUUCGGGCCACGGGCUGCUGGUGCAGAGGAUAUUCCGCCGCUCGCUGCAGAUGAUCUGCAGCCUGACUCGCCAGGCUCGACAGAUUCUUUGGACGACCUCGAGGUAACAGGCCACGUGAGCCUGAGCAUGAGCCCCGAAGAGGCUGCGGAGAGCAAGAACGAGCGCAGCCCCGGGCUCCCGCAGUACGUCGAGGACAGGAACGACAGGAACUCCAGCCUGCACAGCGUGUGCAAGGACUACCAGCACGCGGCCGACCUCGGCCCCGAGGAGGCCUGUCGCCCAGAGGCCCCCGACUUCGUCAGCCUGCUCCUCAAGCACGGCGUCGGCCUCGUGGUGCGCGCGAACGCCGGCGACGAGCAGGGCCUCGCCGGCAUCGGGGGCAGUUACGACCCAGCGGCCAUCAUAGGGCAGGGCAUCCGCCACCUGGACAGCUUCGUCAAGGAUACCAACGGCGCCAUCCCUCCGCCCCAUUGCCACCGGAUCGUCCUGUCCUUCCUGCGCGAGGUGGCGGACGCCCUCGCGCCUGAGGCCAGGGCACCGCCCGCUGCGGCGAGCCGCGCGCCCGCCGUGGCGGUGCACUGCAAGGGCGGCUUCGGCCGCAGCAUGCUGCUCGCUUGCCUGCUGGUCAUCCACCAGUACGACGUGCCCGGCAGCGCCCUGCUCGCCUGGGCGCGGCUCGUGCGGCCAGGCGCCUUCACCGUGCCAGACCAGGAGCGCUUCCUCUGCCGCUUCGGGUGCCGCGAGGUGCUGCAGCGUGCAGUGAGCCAUCGGGGCCGCGGCCGCGAGGGCCUGCCUUGCCACGUCGGCCUCGUCGGGGUCGCGCCGCGCAUGUGCUGCAGCGUGCAGCCGCUAAUGGCCGCGGCCGCCCGCAAUCACGGGCUCGAGACGGUAGGACUGGAUCCCAGCGAAGUCCAGCCACUGCCCGGUUCCGUGGAGCUGCCGCCGCCAGAGACUGACCCUAAGCCACGGGCUCCCGAGGAUGAGGUGGGCCGGGGCGGCGUUGGCGACGAGGUGCAGGCCCGGUGCGUCCGGGGGUGCGAGGCUUCGUGCAGUGCGCCCUUUGGGUCGGAGCCGUGCCUGCGGCUGGCGCACGCGAUUCUAGUUGCGUAUGACUGCGCGGUGAAUCGGGGAGAGCGUGGCACGGAUCCCGGCUCACGAGCGGCCUCCGGCGGGAUGUGUGGCGCCCGCGCGAGGCCGGCGCCCUCCGAGGAUGGCGCCGAGGUGCGCUUUGCAGUGGCCCUGCCUUGCCCGACCGACUCGAGCGCGGCGGGCCUGCCGGGGCUGGACCUCGGCUGCGGCGGCUGCGGCCUGCAGCUGGGCGCUGCGGGUGGCUGCACCAUGCAGCUGGGCGGCUGCGGGCUGCUGGGACCCGCCGCCUUCGGUGGCACCGACAUGGAGUACACGGAGAGCGUAGCAGCGCGGCGCGGGGCGGUGGCACCGGCCGCUCCGCCGAGCCGCCGCGAGCGGUGGGGCGACGCGGGCGUGAGCCGGGUGGCAGAAGAGCUGCCGCCGCCUCCACCCGAGGGCUUUGCCACGGCGGUCGCCGGUGGCAUGGGCCUGCAGGGCCACCAGCUGCAGCCGCCGCCCGCGCAGCAGGCGCCGGCGCCGGCGCUGCUGCCACCGUGGGCGGGAGGCAGAAGCGGCAAGGGCAAGGGCGGCGGUGCCAUAGGCGUCGCGGAGCCAGUCUUCGUAGGCUUCGAGUCGCUGGAUAUGGAGACAGGUGCAGAUCCUGGUAGUGCUCUGGCAGCGCAGGCCGCCCUGGCCGCCAUGCGGAACGCCUCGCUGAGCGGCCAGCCCGGGGGGCUGGUGAACGUGGCGCCGGAGCGCCCGCCCGGGCCCCCCGUGAACGCCAAGCCCGGCGACUGGGUCUGCAAGCAGUGCGGCGAUCUGCAGUUUGCGCGCAACCCCAGCUGCCGCAGGUGCGGGGCAACGAAGCCCAUGGACGGCCAUAAGGAGCGCGCCGACGGAAAGCCGUGGUUCGCGGAGCCCGGCGACUGGGUGUGCUCGGGCUGCGGCGACCUGCAGUUCAAGCGCAACGCGAUCUGCCGCAAGUGUCAGACGCCGCGCUCGAAGCGGGUGCAGGCCCAGCAGGCGCAGGCUCAGGCGAAGGCGACGGUCAGCGACAAGGCGCGCAACCCGCCGGCGGCGGCCGCUCACGCUCCCUUCCUGUCAGGGGCACCGCUUGAGCAUGUGCCGGAUUGGUACAUCAACUGGUACCCCGGCUAUUCGAUGGACGUGAUCCGCCACUGGUAUUCUAAGGUCAUGGAGAGGUUCGGCAUGGAUCCGACUUUGCCGCGCGAAGGGCAAAUGACCAAGGUGUCAAUAUGGUUCUCUACAGCCCUACGCCAUAGUCCAUAUUGGAAGGACGGAUUCAGCCGACACUUCGAAAAGAUCAGCACUUUCGAUCCAUACGAUGGCUGGGUUGUUGUUGACGAUCUGCUGACAAACUGGACUGAAAAUGAUCAGUGGAAAGGCUAUCGUGAAAUGCACGAGGUGCUGAUCAAGUGCAGGCCCCACACGUCAUACGUGUAUUGGGUGCUGCUAAACUGCUGUGAGAUGAUUGACCAUCACGGCAUGCAGAAGGGCAGGCUCCAGAUGAAGUGCGUUGAUGACAGCAUGCUGCUGCCUCCCAGACCUGCCAUAUGCACCCUGAGCAAGACCCUCUACAUCAACGGUGUCGGUGAGGGUGCUGCGAUAUGUCGGAAGAUGGGCAACUUCAAGAUCGGGGUGCAAUACGCCAAUGAGGCAAGCCCCCGUAUCGAGGAGUAUGCCUCCAACAUCGCAGAAGGCUCGGGUGCCAAUCUCCCGGCCAUCUGGGGCCUAGGAGCCAUGGAAGCACGUGACACGAUCAUCGUGCAGAAGCCAGGCUACCAGAAGGUUAUCUUCCCCAGCGGUGACUACACCCUGAAGCUGGGAAGGGGCGCCAAGGUCCUGAAGGCGAAGAAAACUCCCUCGGGGGGCGACAUCGCGGACUCGCUGCACAUGCUGGACUGGCCGCAGGGUGCAGACCCGCAGGAGAUGCACGCCCGGAACCGGAAGGUAAUGUUGGAGUGGUCCAAGUUGACAGAGGUGCUGGACGAACUGCACGCGGAGAUGACCUGGUGGGAGGGCGGCGAGCGCUCGCCUUGGAGCGCCGACAUCGUCGCAGACGUGGACGACCUCUUGCCAGAGCCCGAGUUGAGCUUCGAGGUCGACGACAUGGACGUCAUGUUCGAGCCGGUGACCUUCGAUUCUGGCCUCAGGUGCUCCGCCGGCAGCCAUUACGACACCGUCCUGUACACGUUCGUGAACCCGUGGUCGGAGUGGAAGAUCGUGCCAGAGCCUUACAGCAGCGGCACGUGCAAGCACUUCGAGGAAGACUAUGAGCGGACCAGCGGGUGCAGCAUCGACAACAACGCCAGAAUGGAGUGCGGAAAAGUCGUGAACCUCCUGCGGUUCAAGGCCACCCGGGCCGACGCCACUCUGCGGUAUUGCGCCCUGAACACCCACAUGAGCUUCAGCGGCACCGCGGAGGAGCGGCUGCGGAUCCUGGAGGCGGCGAUGGACGAGACGAAGGCGGCAAAGUGUGACUCCGUUAUCUUCGUCGGUGAUUUCAACACGCGGCUUCAUUGCCAGCGGGGGACACCAUGGGGAAAGCACACGUGCGGAUGACGGGGCAGAGAGGUCACUCGAACUCGGGAUUGACGCAUGUUUGACAGAUGGUCGAGGCCGUCACAGAAAUAUGCAACGGAUGUCGAACAGCAGUAGAGAUUGCGGGUGCAAGCCAAAGAUAGUGAUAUUUCGCAGUGCGGUUUCAUAUUAUAGUUAAGUGGAUUUGGGGCGCGGGGAUGCACAUCUCCACGAUGUGCGAUGCAGGUUUUUAUCCACAGUGCUUCGCGGCACCACGUCUGGACAUGCUGGUGUUUCACGGACCGGUCGAAGUUUGUUUGGUUCCCUUGGGGCGACGAGGGCCAUGUUGAGGCCGUCUGACCCUGGACCCCCCCUCCUGGACCCCGCGCCCUACCCCC